AGGAAGACGAGAUCGAGAGAAGGAGCUUCGCUCGUCCCACCCAGAGUUGUCCCGUUCGUCGAAAGCCCCUACCUUUGCUCCUCAGGCGAUCGAUCCCGUCGUCGGACCCUGCCCCCAGGAAGUUUACAGUGGUUAAAAUCAUUAGGAAUGUCGCCAGCAUCCAAAUCUAAAUCAAAGGACAAAUUGUCCACCAAGGCAGCCAAGGAACAAGCAAAAGUUUCUUUAAAAACCUCUGCUGCUCCUCAUAACUAUGGAAAUGGUGCUCCUUCAAGUGCAUACAAUCCAGAUUUAGGGACAUUCCAUGCUUUUGAUACAAUGAUCUCUGGUUCCUUGACAACAGGCCAACACAACGGAUGUUUUAGGAUCAUAGAUGAAACAGAGGAGCAUUCUUGUAGUUCAUUUGGUACAGCGGGUGACUCUGACUCAAUGUCUAACCAUAAUAGCUAUUCUGGUGAGUCAGAGGAUCAGAAGGAGAAAAUUACAACUAGUAAUGCAGCUCGCAUAGAACCUGUAACCAGUUGUGAUACUGACAAGCGUGAGAAGAUUCGACAGAAAAAUGAGAGAAAGCAUCAACGUCAAAAGGAGAGACGGGCACAGGAGCUACACGAGCGUUGUAGUGGGUACCUCAUGUCUAGGAAACUAGAGAUGCUUGCUCAGAAACUAGUAGCAAUGGGCUUCUCUUCUGAACAAGCAACAAUGGCGCUUAUUCAAAAUGAAGGACGUGUUGAAGAGUCCAUUGCUUGGCUCCUUGAAGGUGGGGAAGAGAGUAAACAGCAAACCGCUGUGAACAUAGAUGGUGGUGUCAACUUGAAAAUUGACAUCACCAUGGAGCUUGCAAAAAUUUCAGAUUUGGAGGUGAAGUUCAAGUACACGAAGCAGGAGGUUGAAAGGGCUGUAGUUGCAUCGGAGGGUGACUUGGAAAAGGCUGAAGAGACUUUAAAGGCACAUAAACAAGAAUCAAAAGCACUUCCAUCAAAGUUGGAAGAGUCAAGUGACCCUGUCAUAGCAAGUGGUCUCGACAAUAAAACCAUAAUUUCUGUCCAAAAUGCAGCUUUAAGACCCCAGCAGAAGGAAGUGGCUUCGUUUCGCACUAAGCAACAGAGAAGAGGUGAGCGAGAUCUAAACCAUAUCAUAGCAGUGCCUGCGGGAGCUGUGGAGUCCUCAAAUAAGAAUUUGCAGUCUUUGAGAAAAAUACAGCCUAAGGCGGACUGGGGAAAACCACAAGUUGCUGCCCCGAUGGAGAAAAGGUGGCCGAGUACGACCUCUGCUCCAUCAAUUUCAAUCUCUUUGCCCUCUUUGCAGGUAGCCGCACCUCCAACUAAUCAAUGCGCAAUGGUUGGUGGAAGCUGCACCUUUCCUUGGCACAAGAAAUUCUUCUUGUCCUUGAAGAAUUUUGUUGCCAUGGCAUUUAUUGAUUGA